AUGGGCGGCCUCAGCGCCCGCCCGAGCGCUGGGAGGACCGACCCGGCGGGGACCUGCUGGGGGCAGGACCCGGGGAGCAAGAUGGCCACGGUCAUCCCCGGCCCCCUGAGCCUAGGCGAGGACUUCUACCGCGAGGCCAUCGAGCACUGCCGCAGCUACAACGCGCGCCUGUGCGCUGAGCGCAGCCUGCGCCUGCCGUUCCUCGACUCGCAGACCGGCGUGGCCCAGAACAACUGCUACAUCUGGAUGGAAAAGACCCACCGCGGCCCUGGUUUGGCCCCCGGACAGAUCUACACAUACCCUGCGCGCUGUUGGAGGAAGAAACGGAGACUCAACAUCCUGGAGGACCCCAGACUCCGGCCCUGCGAGUACAAGAUUGACUGUGAGGCACCCCUGAAGAAGGAGGGCGGCCUCCCGGAAGGGCCAGUUCUUGAGGCGCUACUGUGUGCUGAGACUGGGGAGAAGAAGAUUGAGUUGAAGGAGGAGGAGACCAUUAUGGACUGCCAGAAACAGCAGCUGCUGGAGUUUCCACAUGAUCUCGAGGUGGAAGACUUGGAGGAUGACAUUCCCAGGAGGAAGAACAGAGCUAAAGGAAAGGCAUACGGCAUCGGGGGUCUCCGGAAACGCCAGGACACCGCUUCCCUGGAGGACCGAGACAAGCCGUAUGUCUGUGAUAUCUGUGGGAAACGGUAUAAGAACCGGCCAGGGCUCAGCUACCACUACACCCACACCCACCUGGCUGAGGAGGAGGGGGAGGAGAACGCCGAGCGCCACGCCCUGCCCUUCCACCGGAAAAACAACCAUAAACAGUUUUACAAAGAAUUGGCCUGGGUCCCUGAGGCACAGAGGAAACACACAGCCAAGAAGGCACCUGACGGCACUGUCAUCCCCAACGGCUACUGUGACUUCUGCCUGGGUGGCUCCAAGAAGACGGGGUGUCCCGAGGACCUCAUCUCCUGUGCUGACUGUGGGCGAUCAGGACACCCCUCAUGUUUACAGUUUACGGUGAACAUGACAGCGGCCGUGCGCACCUACCGCUGGCAGUGCAUCGAGUGCAAGUCGUGCAGCCUGUGCGGCACCUCGGAGAACGACGGUGCCAGCUGGGCGGGUCUCACCCCCCAGGACCAGCUGCUGUUUUGUGAUGACUGCGAUCGGGGUUACCACAUGUACUGCCUGAGUCCCCCCAUGGCGGAGCCCCCGGAAGGGAGCUGGAGUUGUCACCUCUGUCUUCGGCACCUGAAAGAGAAGGCCUCUGCCUACAUCACUCUCACCUAGGCCUGGCUCUGGCUCACCUGGACCUCUGGGGUGGUGCUUCCUGAUCUGCCUCUUGGAGCUCCUCCACGCUCUCCCUGCCCUCAGUGCCCCAUAGUGGGAGGGGGAGGGGGGGAGCCCAAGAGGGGGCUGGGCCACCCCCUUCCCUCUGUGCAAGUGGAAUGUUUGCCUUGUGGGUCGGUGGGCCCAGUAGGGCCCCUCUCCCUUCCUCCCUCCUUCCCCAUCCCUUGGCAAAUGGGCACCAGGGGCUUCUGCUCCCCUCAAAGCCAUACCCCGCCUCUGGGCGGGCACGAGGGGUGGUAGAUGCCAGCCCGGGGCACGGACACAGCGUUUUUCUAAAGAAAAAGUCAAAAAGU